CUAUAGCUGCUGGACCGGAGCAUGAUAUCACUGUAUGGGAAGACCAGCAGCAAGUGUCGGCUGGUAGUGCUUCCAUGAGCAUAAGCAACGGUAAUAGUGACAGUGACAGCGAAGACGGUAUGUUUGGUCGGCUUUCGUUAACCUACAAGAUUGCUGAUGACUUCCCUAAAGAGAUCUCCAGACUGGCCAGAAUCGACGAAGAGGUGUCUGAUGAGGAAGAAGACAAAGAAAACGACUUGCCAGUCAUCAUGCCGAGAAGGGUUGUGGUCAAUGAGAGGGAGAACCAGCGUCGCCGCUCGAGGUUCGAGCGCAACUUCCAACGCACGGACAUCACCAGUGCACGUGCAUCUCCAUCACCAUCACCAUCGCGCUCUUUCACCAGGUUUACAUCAACCAACUUUCCACCGCGCAACAUGAGCCAGUCGAGAGAGAUGUCUCAGAACGGUGGUGCUUCUAACGAAAAUGGUCUUGUUGGACCACACCCGUCCUUCAUCCAGGUCGCCAAUCCAUACAUCUUCCAGCAGCAAUUGCAGAACUCUUUGAACGCUCUUGGCGCAACUGAACACAAGGAAGACAGCAUUCGUCUUCAAGGCGUCCACUACAUCGACAGUGUGAGAAAGGCUCUGCAACUGUACNNGCCUGUUCGCACAUUCAACACUGCUGUCGUCUACUAUCACAAAUUCCGCCUGGUCCAUGCCGACAGCGAGUACAUGUGGGCUGUUUUCGAGCAGCCAUCCAAGACUGUGGUUGGUAUCGAACGUCUGAUGCUCGAGUCUGCCGGCUUCGACUUCAGAACCAGACAUCCUCAGGAGACCGUCGUCAAGAUUGUCAGAGAUUCGGGUUGGCCCAAGGAGACACUGGGCAGGACCGCUUACAACAUGUCUAUUGACAUUUACCGCACAUUCGCCCCUCUGAAGCAGACCGCUCAGACCAUGGCAAUUGCCUGCAUUGAAUUGACCGCACGCCUCUUGAAUCUCACCACAGACUUCAACAUGGACGCAAUUGUCGGUCCCGAAGGCAUUGGCCUCGAGAAAUGGUCCACUACCCGCGGCGAGAUCAUGGGGAUACANGAGACUUUGCUGGACCUGCUGGACCUCUUCACCCAUCACCGCCAUGCCACCAUUGUCGGCAACCACUUCUCCCUCGACAACUACAUCGCGGUGCGCAUCACUCUGAACAAAGAGGCCACCGCUCUCAACCUCCCUCGCUACACCGAGACCAUCGAUGCUCCCAAAUCGGUCCUCAACGGUGCAGCCAACGGUGUUUCCAAGCACUCACCAGUCUCCCCGGCUCUCCCUGGAGCAACCAACCAGAGUCCCAACUCCCCUCCUGCAAUGGGCCCGACCUCCGCCACGGGCGCGCGCAGCAGAGUCGGCGAGCGCGGCAAGGACGGCACCGUCCGUUUCAUGCUGUCCGCCGAGCGCGCUCGUGGCGAGAAGGAGGCCGUGGCAAAGUACUUUGCCGCCGACGAGUACGAGACCUACGAGGAGGAGGUCGAUGUCCCUCUCGGCCAG